GAAGAAACAGAAAGCUCAAACUCAAACUAAUCAGAAGGAAAGCAGAAAGUUAAAAAGUCUUCGUCCUUCCUCGCGACCACAAGUCGUACCCUUCUCUGGAAACCCUAGAAGCGAUGAAUCCUCGUUAGAUAGAUACACACAUCGUUGAUGAACACUUAAAAUCGCACGCUGCUAGGCUUUCUCCCCCUCUCUCUCUUUCUGUGACUAAUGCCGUUCUUUCUCUGAAUUCACACUUUCUUCAUUAUUACUUAGAAUAAUGAGUGGUUCUGGGAGGAAACGUGUUUCGAAAUGGGACUCCAAGCAAGAAGACACUGAGAAUGGAAAUGAUUACGUUCAUAAGUCAGGUUCUUAUUACCACGACAAAGAUCCUGAGCGUGCAGCCUUCUAUCCAGAGGGUAACGGUAGAAAUGGAAGCAGGAGAUCUGUUCCUGAUGAUGAUAAUGAUGAGGAGGAGCAUCUGAAGUCUAGACAACAUCCAGGAGAAGCUUGGCCUUCCAGAAGCAGAGUUUCACAUGAGGAUGGUCAUGGGGAUGAUGCCAUGAUGAGUUACUAUGAUACUAGAAAGUCUUCUGAACAAGAUGAAAGUAGGCAACCGUAUUGGGACAGGCCUCGAACCCGUAGGAGUGGAAGUAGAAGUAACAGCAGGAGCAUGAGCCGUAGCCGUAGCCGUAGCCGUAGCCGAAGUCCAUUUCAGAGGGUAAGGCGAGAUGCAAGAGGAUCCUAUGACAGACACAAGACGAGAGCACGUGUUUCGCCACGGUCAGGGAGAGAUACUGAUGGUCGAUACAGUAGAGCUGGUGGUGACUAUGAUUGGGAAGCCAAGAAUAGAGAUUCCAAACACUAUAGUGAAGAUUCACGAGAAGAGUAUCCCUUGAGGAGGUCUGAUUAUCCAGAGGAUCAUAGUAAUUCAAGAAGGGAAACUUCAGAUCCUAUCUUGAGAAGCCACAGAGACAGAAGGGAUGUUCCUGAGAGAGAAUACAACAGGAUCUCCAAUGUUCCGUGCAGGUACUUUGCGGUAGGGAACUGUCGUAAUGGCACAAGUUGCAGAUUUUCUCACCAUCUUGAGAGAAAGCCACAACAAGACCAGAUGUUUAGUAGACAUGACAAUAAUAAUCACAGUGGCACAACAGAGAGGAUGCGGAACAGUCAUAGAUGGAAUGAAAGAGCAGAUACAGGUAAGUCUGGUGAGGGAGCUAAGAAUAAUAAUGGUAGCUGGAUUGGUGACAUGGAGAUGUCUCCAGAUUGGAACUAUGGAGUUAAAACUUUAAACAAACCUCUUAACCAAGAGCACGGUGUAAUUAAAGAUACUUUAGCACCUGCUUAUGAGCAUGGUUCUGCAGCUACAUCUCAGCGCAUUGGUAUGUUUCCAACCCUAGGAGACAAGACUGUAGCUACUUCACAUCAUGGUGGUGCCAGUAAUAACAUCGCUCCUCCAAUCCAAGCAUUCAGUCAGAACAUUGAGAAUCAUAGUGCAGUGCCUUACCAAAGCACCCCACUAGCUGUUGGAGGAAGUCAAGUGCUGCUACCUCCUGCUGCUACUGUUACACAUCUUCCUGAAAAUGGAAGUGCUCAAAACACUGUGAGCAGGGAAGAGCUGAAUCAUAUUAGUAACAUCUCAGCAACUCUAGCCCAGUUUUUUGGAAACGGGCAGCUUCAAUCUACUUUGAAUCCCAAACAGGCAAUGCAGGUGCCUCAAGUGUAUGGGAAAGAGGAACAUUCUUCACAAACUCAAAGUGACCUCCUUACUAAUAACUCCAUUCAAACAGGAGUGGUGGUUCCAGCUGUUACUACAUUACAGAUAAACAACAGCGACAGUUUGAUCUCAUUAGCUGGAAAUCCAAAGGCUUCUUCUGAGGAAAACAUGGAGAAAAAGAUAGACAAAGAAGCUAGGAAAGAGGCAGAUGUGAGAAAGAGUGGACAAGAAGGAGAAGAUGAGACCGGGAAGGAUGCUGAGAACGUAGGAGAGGAAGAAGAAGAAGAUGAUGGAGCAGGCGAUGAAAACAGCAAGAAAGAAAAGGAUCCAAAGGGAAUGAAAGCGUUUAAGUUCGCUCUUGUGGAGAUUGUUAAGGAGCUUCUGAAACCUGCCUGGAAAGAAGGUGGAAUGAACAAAGAUGCUUACAAAAACAUAGUCAAGAAGGCAGUUGACAAAGUUACGGGCGCUAUUCAAGCUGGAAACAUUCCUCAGACACAAGAGAAGAUCGACCAUUAUCUAUCAGCUUCAAAACCAAAACUUACCAAGCUUGUUCAGGCAUAUAUUAGCAAAGUAAAGAAGAGCUAAUAUAUAAAUGGAACUCCAUUGUUUCUUGCCGUCAUAACAGAUGGAGCUGCUGAGAGAUGUUAUAAAACUUGUGCUUCUCUUCAGGGUUUAGAUAAGGAUGAAGCAAGCUUAUGCUUGCUUCCUGUUGUGUAUAUACCAGAUAGAUUUUGUCAGGAAAAUGAGAUUUUUAUUUAUUUAUUUAAUAAUUUACUGGAA